CCCCUUCUAUGUCGCACCUCGCCGGGGAUCCCACCGCGGCCGUCGAAGAUCCCAACUCCAGCCAAAAAGACCAAAGCUUUCUCUGACGAUGAGCUUCUCCUCUAUUGCAAGACCCGUGCAGCUAAAUGCUCCAUCGGUAAGAACCGGCGGCCGGCGACGGCGAGUCGCGAAGCCCAAGAACUGCCGCCGCAACGGGAGAUUGCGCAGAAGGCUCAGCGAUUCCAAAGCGAUUCUCCGAAGGCUACAGGCGCUAAAAGAUCUCAUCCCUUCCAUCAGAAAUAGAACCGCCGGCGACGAGGUUGCGCUGCCGCAGCC